CUGCGCAUUUUAAGCACGGCGCAGGUUAGACUUCUCCACCACCUCACCGCUAGAUCCCCAAGUCAGCCGCAUGCCCCUCCACCCUACCUUUAUCAUCUCUCCACCUAACGCCAACAUUUCAUUAUGCCUCCUCCUCCCACCACCACCACCCACCGCCUCCCUCUUUUUUCUCUCACAUCCUCCACAUCUAACUUGGGUCUUAACCAAUCGCCAUGGCCAGCUCCAAUUCGCCUUCUUCUCCUCAGGAACCAUCAAACGCACUCGUUGCCCAACAACCCACAUCGACGGCGGCCUCCCGUCGCCUGCCUCCCCCCUGCUGGUCGCACGACGAGACUGUGGCGUUGAUCGAUGCGUAUCGUGAUAAGUGGUAUUCCCUCCGGCGAGGAAACCUACGCGCCUCCCACUGGCAAGAGGUCGCCGAUGGGGUCGCGGCGCGGUGCCCGUUAGGUAACCCACCGAAAACCUCGAUUCAGUGUCGUCACAAGAUGGAGAAGCUGAGAAAACGUUAUCGUGCGGAGAUCCAACGCAUCGGAAACACCCCAAGGGGCCACCGGUAUCCCUCCUCAUGGGUUCACUUUAAACGAAUGGAUUCGAUGGAAUUAGGGUCUUCUUCUUCUGACCCAUCCGUAGAUCCCAUCAAUCAAGACGAAGAGGAAGAAGAUGGACGAGGCGAUGAGAAUGAAGACGAUUUGUUGUUAUAUCCUAAAGGAAUCAAACAAGCAAUCGCUCUCCCCCUCAAUCGGCGGUAUCAGGGCUCGAUUGGUAAUGGAAAUGGAAACGGAAACGGAAACGGGGUUCGGAUUAAAAUCCCAAAUAUUGCCGCCGUGCCACCACCACCACCGUCCGCAUUAAACCUAUACAAUAGUAAUAGAUCAUUUGACGACUACCCUCCGUCUAUGAACCCACAUUACGGGUCAGGUAAGGGUUCGAGAGAUGGGUAUAUGAAGGAAGCUUUUGGAACUGAAAAGGAUAGAAAUGUUGGUGGCGGUGGAGGGAUGAAGAGGAGGGAGGACAUGGAGAACAAUGGUAGUCAUCUGAUGGAUGAAAUGGUGGCAGCCAUUCAGAAGUUAGGAGAUGGGUUUGUAAAGAUGGAGAGGAUGAAGAUGGACAUGGCAAGGGAGCUUGAAUCAAUGCGAAUGAAAAUGGAAAUGAAACGUACAGAAAUGAUCCUUGAAUCGCAGCAGAGGCUAGUGGAUUCGUUUUCGAAAACAGUAAUGGAGAAGAAGAACAAGAAGAUAAAGAGAAUGCCAACACCAGAAUCCUAAACAAGAGUUAAUGGACCUUCAUUCUAUUAUUUUAGGUCAGUAAGAACAUGUAUUUUUCAUUGAGUUUACCUUCAAAAUGCUUUCAAUUCGUAGCUUUUUUGUUAAUAAUUUGCUCUAGCAGUAGUGCAGCAGUAGUGGAUAGAAUUUGGAACCUUGAUAACAAUAUCAUGUUUCUUGUGCAAUGGGAAUUGUAGCUUCUGUUGAAGAACAGAGCUCUUGAUCAUUAAAGUGUCAUCUUCAUUGCCUGACAAUUCUGGUUCAUUUUGUAUAGUUUUUAGUAUGCAUUAUAUGUGCUUUGUUCCAAAUGUAGCAUUGAAU